AUGCAGCUGUGCCAAGGUGCCUCCGGCAUGGCCGCGGCCGAAGCGCCCGGCUACCUUGUGUCUCCUCAGACGGAGAAGCACCGGCGGGCCCGCAACUGGACGGACGCCGAGAUGCGCGGCCUCGUGCUGGUCUGGGAGGAGUUCUUCGACGAGCUGAAGCAGACCAAGCGGAACGCCAAGGUGUACGAGAAGAUGGCCAGCAAGCUGCUGGAGACGACCGGCGAGCGCCGGCUGGGCGAGGAGAUCAAGAUCAAGAUCACCAACAUGACCUUCCAGUACAGGAAAUUAAAAUGCAUGACAGAUAGCGAGUCCGUCCCGCCCGACUGGCCCUAUUACCUAGCCAUUGAUAGGAUUCUGGCCAAGGUCCCCGAGUCCUGUGAUGGCAAACUGCCGGACAGCCAGCAGCCGGGGCCCUCCACGUCCCAGACCGAGGCGUCUCUGUCGCCGUCCGCUAAGUCCACCCCUCUGUACUUACCGUAUAACCAGUGCUCCUACGAAGGCCGCCGCCAGGACGACAGCUCCGACAGCUUACUGUCCCUUAUGUUCAGGUCGGACGAGCGGCCCGUGAAGAAGCGCAAGGUGCAGAGCUGCCACCUGCAGAAGAAGAAGCUGCGGCUGCUGGAGGCCAUGCUGGAGGAGCAGCGCCGGCUGAGCCGCGCCAUGGAGGAGACGUGCCGGGAGGUGCGGCGCGUGCUGGACCAGCAGAACAUCCUGCAGGUGCAGAGCCUGCAGCUGCAGGAGCGCAUGAUGAGCCUGCUGGAGCGCAUCAUCGCCAAGUCCAGCGCCUAGGCGCCCCGCGCCCGGGCCAGGCCGCCCCGGAGGGCGCUCGCGGUCGGGACUUUGCGCCAGGGCCCUUUCGAGGACCCCACAGCCCCGGGAGACCCUGAGGUCCCACAUCCAGCAUGAAAGCCCUCCUCGGACACAAGGCCAGGGACUCCGGGCUGGUUCCCCCAGGAAGAA